GCUCCAGCUGAGCUGGGGGCUGCUUCCUUGUUCUCUUGGCUCCUUACCCAGGGUUAGAAUUGGAAGCAAAGACCUGACUUUGGAGUUGUAGGACCAAUCCUUUGCCCAGAGGGCUGGUGCUUUUAUUUGGAAUUCCUGUCUCCCCUUCCCCAGAAAGCCAUGGACACUGACCUGUCCCUACUCAACACUGUUGGGGUAGGAGACUUGGUGCUGCUGGACCCGCUGACAGAAGAUACAUUGCUGAAAAACCUGGAGGAACGCUUCCGACAUAAGGAAAUCUAUACUUACAUCGGGAAUGUGGUGGUGUCCGUGAACCCGUAUCAGCAACUGCCCAUUUACUCAGAAGAAACAGUGGAACAGUAUAAGAACUGUAACUUCUUUGCAGUAAAGCCCCAUAUCUACGCCAUAGCUGACGAUGCUUACCACUCCCUUAGAGACCAAGAUAAAGACCAAUGCAUACUUAUCACCGGUGAGAGUGGAGCUGGAAAAACAGAGGCCAGCAAGCUAGUGAUGUCCUAUGUGGCAGCUGUAUGUGGGAAAGGGGAGCAAGUGAACCGGGUCAAGGAACAGUUGCUGCAGUCAAACCCUGUUCUGGAAGCCUUUGGGAAUGCGAAAACCAUCCGGAAUGACAACUCCUCAAGAUUUGGCAAAUACAUGGAUAUUGAGUUUGACUUCAAGGGUGAUCCUUUGGGUGGUGUCAUUAGCAAUUACCUGUUGGAGAAAUCUCGGGUGGUGCAUCAUGUCAAGGGCGAGAGGAACUUCCAUAUCUUCUACCAGCUCCUGUCUGGAGGCUCUGAUCAGCUACUCAAACAGCUGAAGCUACAGCGAGAUUGCAGCUUUUAUGGUUACCUCAAGAAGGAGGCCUCGAGCCUGCAAGGAAGAGAUGAUGCAGCCAACUUCAGAGCUGUUCAGGAUGCCAUGAAAGCCAUUGGCUUCUCCUCUGCAGAGGUGUCUGCAGUGCUAGAAGUGACGGCUGUCGUCCUCAAACUGGGCAACGUGCAGCUGAGCGAGCAAUUUCAAGCCAGCGGGGCAGAAUCUUGUGGGAUCCAGAAUGAGCAAGUGCUACGGGAGAUCAGUCAGCUAAUCAAGUUGGAUGACACCAUACUAGAACAAGCGUUGUGUUCUCGUACUGUGGAAACCCAUCAGGAGAAGGUGGUGACAACUUUGAGCGUGUCUCAAGGCUAUUAUGUGCGGGAUGCCCUUGCAAAGAACAUCUAUAACCGGCUGUUUAACUGGCUUGUUAACAGGAUCAACGAGAGCAUCAAAGUGAACACAACUGGGCACAAGAAAGUGAUGGGUGUUCUGGAUAUUUAUGGCUUUGAGAUUUUACAGAACAACAGCUUUGAGCAGUUCAUUAUCAAUUACUGUAACGAAAAGCUGCAACAGAUCUUCAUCCUGCUGACCCUGAAAGAAGAACAGGAAGAGUACAUUCGGGAGGGAAUUGCAUGGACACCUGUGGACUUCUUUGAUAACAGCAUCAUCUGUAACUUGAUUGAGGAUAGCAAAGGUGGGAUCCUGGCCAUGUUGGACGAAGAGUGCCUUCGCCCAGGGGAAGUGAAUGAAGCCACUUUCCUGGACAAACUCAACCAAGUAUUUAAAAAACACAAACGCUACGAGAGCAGAGUCACCCAGAAUGCCCAACAUAUCAUGGAUGCCAGCUUGUCUGCCAACUCCUUCCGUAUUCAUCAUUACGCCGGCAAAGUGACCUACAAUGUGACUGGAUUCAUAGAGAAGAACAAUGACCUGCUCUAUAGAAACCUGUCGCAAGCCAUGUGGAAGGCCAAGCACGAGCUGUUACACACCCUGUUCCCUGAAGGGGACCCCGAAAAAGCCUCACUCAAGCGUCCGCCCACCGCCGGCUUCCAGUUCAAAGCUUCUGUGAACACGCUUAUGAAGAACCUCUACUCCAAGAACCCCAACUAUAUCCGGUGCAUUAAGCCCAAUGACACCAAGGCGCCUGCCGUGUUCACCGAUGAACUGGUUCGGGCACAGGUGCGCUACCUUGGCCUUCUGGAGAACGUGCGGGUUCGAAGGGCUGGCUACGCCUAUCGGCAAUGCUACGAGCCAUGCCUGGAGCGUUACAAAAUGCUGUGCACGGAGACCUGGCCACACUGGAAGGGAAGUGCCAGGGAUGGCGUUCAGACCCUCUUGAGCAGCCUGCCAAUUGAUUCCAAGGAGCUAGCGUACGGACACACCAAGAUCUUCAUUCGGACCCCCGCACUGCUUUUUGACUUGGAAGACCGACGUCAGCAGCGUGUACAGGACUUGGCUGCUCUAAUCCAAGCAAUUUACCGGGCAUGGAAAUGCCGCAUGCACUACCAAAAGAUGCGCAAGAGCCAGAUCCUCAUCUCCGCCUGGUUCCGGGGCAAAGCACAAAAGAAGAAAUAUUCCAAGAUGAAGAUCUCAGCUCUUCUUAUCCAGGCCUAUGUCCGAGGUUGGAAGUCUCGCAGGCUCCUACGGGAGCUGAAGGAACAGAAACGCCGCACUCAGGCAGCCACGGUCAUUUCUGCUUACUGGAAAGGUUAUCAGUCUCGCAGGGUUCUGCGGGAGCUGAAGGAACAGAAGCGCUGCACUCAGGCUGCCAAUGUCAUUGGUGCUUAUUGGAAAGGUUAUCAGACACGAAAGGAAUACAAGAAGUAUUUCCGUUCUGGGGCCUCUGCCCGCAUUGCCACUUUUAUCUACCAAAGCCUGGGGCAAAAAUUUCUCUUGGCUCUGAAAAACAACUUGCCUUCCAUGACGGUGACAGACCACACCUGGCCACCUGCUCCUUACAGAUUUUUCACAGAUGCUAACCAAGAACUAAAGAAGAUCUUUCACCAUUGGCGGUGCAAGAAAUACCGGGACCAGCUGCCGCCACAGAGAAAAGCAGCCCUACAGGACAAGCUGUGUGCCAGCGAACUGUUCCGGGACAAGAAAAGCUUGUACACCAAGAGUCUCCCGCAGCCUUUCCGAGGGGAAUACCUGGGGCUGAAAGAGAACCCCAAGUACCGCAAGCUCCAGUCCACUGCUGACGGCAAGCUGGUUAUGGCUGACAACGUGAGGAAAGUCAACCGGGGUGAUGGAAAGGCCUCUCCUAAACUCUUCCUUCUCACCAAAAGUCAUGUUAUCCUGGCCGAUCCCAAGGCAGCUCAACCCAAGACUGUGAUCACCUUGGGUGACAUUGACAGUGUCUCUGUCAGCCACUACUCAGAUGGGUUCUUUGUUUUGCACCUUAAAGAGUCUUCCACAGCAAGCACCAAAGGGGACUUCUUGCUUAUCAGUGACCACCUGAUCGAACUGGUCACCCGACUCCACCAGACAUUACUGGAGACAACAAAGCAGAAACUGAAACUCCAAGUGACUGAUGAGUUUCUGGUGAAGUUCAAGCAAGGCAGCAUCACGGUCAAGGUAACAGAGACAGCUGAGAAGCAGGGCACAGCAGCACCCAUCGUCAGGAAGAAAGGCAGCCGUAGAAUGGAAGUGCUGGUCCAUUGAGGUGGAGCUGGGGGAGGGCAAAGAGGUACCCAAAUGACACUGCUUCUCCACAGCCAGCUAUAUAGACUCCCUGAGAAUCUGGAGCGGGGAACAUCAGUCCUUCAGCAUCUCUUUCUCAGAGGUAGCUGUCGAAAU